GGCAAAGGUUAGAAGUUUUAACGUUAUGAUCAUAAGCGAACAAAACCAGGAAGAUGAAGCAUCGUAAUCGCCAUUUUGGAUAAUUAAGAAUUCUAUUAAAAUUUCAUCAAAGUAUGUGAGCAUGGACGAGCGUUGGGCCCAGAACGUGUUGCGAUGCCAUCUCUGUGAGACCCCGGUUCCCCCUAUGUACUGUGACAUUUGUCACAUACAUCUGUGUAAAGCCUGUGUGGGGGAACAUCUCUCUGAUCUAUCCAAAGAACACAAAGUGGUGCCAUUUGAAAAGAGGGGUUCUUCUCCUAAAUGUCAAAAACAUUCCACAAAAUUAUGUGAUCUUCACUGUGAACAAUGUAACAUUCCUAUUUGUGCAGCAUGUGCUUCCUCUGAAGAACACAGCGGCCAUAAAUUUAUUGAAAUCACUAAAGACAUUAACAACAAGAAAGAAAUCAUUCAAAAAGAUUUACAAGAACUAGAGAAAUCGAUCUAUCCUAAAUAUCAAAAGAUUGCAUCCAUUAUCCCAGUCUAGAAAGCUGCUCUGAAUGAAAACUCACAGAAAUUGACAACAGAAAUCGACAAACAUGGAGAAGAGUUGCACAGAGAAAUAAACACCAUUAUCAGAAACAUGAAAUCUAAAGUGGAGGAAAUGGACACCAAACACCUGGCUGUCCUAUAUCAACAGGGAGAUGAAAUUAAACACACCAUUUCUGAAAUCACACAGACGAUUGCCGAACUGAAGACGUUACUGGACUCCAGUGAUGUCAGCCGUGUCUCUUCCUACGAAUCCAGAAACGAUGAAAUCAGAAGAUUGCCUCCUAAACUCACAGUGUCCUUUCCAAGUUUUACCCCUCAGAAGAUCAACAAAGAACAGCUUUAUCAACAAUUUGGUUCUCUGUCAGCGUCAUCUAUCAAAACAGAAGAACUUGAUUACUCAAUGGAAUCUCCCGGUGCUGAGUCCUCUCCCUCGGACGGACCGAUCAUUGAUGUACCACGGAUCAUCACACGCAUAAACACAGAAUAUGGAGCAUUAAGACUACGCAGUGUGUCUUGUCUGAACAAUGAAGAUAUAUGGACGUGUGGUGCUGACAAAAUGAUGAGACUCUACAACCUCCGGGGAGAAAGAAAGAAGUCAGUCCAAACCAAGUCAGGGAACGAGCCAUGGGACAUAGCAGUGAAAAGAAGUGGGGAUCUAGUUUAUACUGAUUACGAUGAGAAAACUGUAAACAUUGUUAAUAAUGAAAAGGUAAAGACAUUGAUUAGACUUCAGAGGUGGAUACCUCUCAAUAUCUGUAGUACCUCCUCUGGUGACCUCCUGGUUAUCAUGGAGUGUGGUGAUGAUAAACCAACAAAAGUUGUGCGAUAUUCUGGCUCUAAAAAGAAACAAAGUAUUCAGUUCGAUGAUAAAGGACAACCUCUCUAUUCAUCUGGUUACGACACAAAAUAUAUCAGCGAAAACAGGAACCUAGAUAUCUGUGUGUCAGACAAUGGAGCCUGUGCAGUAGUGGUGGUCAAUCAGGCCGGAAAACUUCGAUUUACAUAUACCGGUCCUCAUUCUACAACUAAGAAAUCAUUUGAUCCUAUCGGAAUCACUACAGACAGCCAAUGUCUGAUCCUGACAGCAGACGGUAACAACUACUGUAUCCACAUCCUGGAUCAGGACGGACAGUUCCUCCGCUACAUUGAAAACUGUGAUUUAUACACUGCAUACGAUUUAUGUAUAGACACCAGAGACAACCUGUUUGUAGCCGAGAAGAGAACAGGUAAAGUGAAGAAAAUACAAUAUUACGUAUAAACAGACUGUGUUCAUUAUGCUCAAACUCUUCUGGUUUAUUAUUUAAGAGGAAUAUUAGUCUGAAAAAUUAAAUAUUACAGAUUUAUAAGUUUUAUGAUAAAGGUUUGCUAUAUUACAUUGCAUUUAAAUAAAAUGCUUCAAGUGACAUGUGCUGAACAUUAAGAAAUAACGUAUUCGAAGUGAAUGUUUUACAUCUUAUAUAUUAAAAAAAACUAUAUGACUGUGUUCACUCAUGAUGUGUCAAUAGACUUUAUUUAUAUCUUGGAUGUGACUUUUAGAAGACUAAAUGUGGUUGCUUAAAGAAUUCAGCACUACAUGUCAUCAAACUGAGUAUUAUGUAUAAAAUG